AUGGCUAGAAUGCAUUCUUCUCUUCUUAUCCUUCAAGAUCUUCAAAUGUUCAUAUAUCCAAUGAUGAUCAUAUUGUUAUUAUCGUCAACGUCAUCUACAGUAUCAGCAGCAUCUACGAUAUUCCUUAUCCUUUUGGAAUGGGUAGUCCAAAUUGUUACCACGACAAAGCAUUUGAGAUCAAAUGUGUUCCCGGCCAAAUUCCCUUCAUACAACUAUUUCCAGUUGCAGCUCAAAUUGCAGAACUCACAAUGGACUAUAUCCGAUUCAUGGGAUGGUCUCUACCAAAUUGUUACAACAAAAAAAGUGGAAAAAGUGAAUGGCUGCGCAAACCCCGAGCCAUAUUUGGCGGAGGAUUCGCCCUUCACUUUCUCAAGUAAGCGUAGUAAGUUAUUAGCGGUUGGGUGUGAUAUCGUUGCAUACAUUCCUAUAAAAAACACAAAAAAAUAUGUAAGCAGCGGGUGGUCAUCAUUUUGUACUUCCGAUUCUUCCGUGGUAUUUAAUUUAACGUCAUGUUCAGGUGGUAAUGGUUGUUGCCAAACAGAUAUACCUACGGGACUCAAAUCUUUUCUAAUUCAAGUUGGGAGUAUAAAUACAAUCAAUAAGACUUGGACUGCUAAUCCCUGCAGUCAGGCUAUUGUUGUUGAUAAGGAGUUCACUGGGGAUAUCCACGGAAAGCUUAAUCCGAACGGAACAACCGUACCUAUGAUGUUGGAUUGGGUAAUUGGGAAUGUAACAUGUACCGAAGCAAAAAAAAAACUUACUUCGUAUGCAUGCGGGGAGAAUAGUGAUUGUAGCGAGUCUUUCAAUGGUCCUUGUUAUCGAUGCACUUGUAAAAAAGGUUAUACAGGAAAUCCUUAUCUUGGGUGUCAAGAUAUCGAUGAAUGCAAGGAAAGUACGAUAUGCAGAAAAGGAACCACUUGCCUUGAUACAAAUGGAAGUUAUUUUUGCGCUUGUCCCAUGGUUACCUUGUUGACAGUAAAAAUCUAGGCUACUGCAUACCACAUCACAAGCCAAAAAUUCCUUUAGCUUUGGUGGCAUCAUUAGGUGUUGGAAUUGGUAUCCUUACAAUAAUUUUGAUCGCUUUGGUAUCUUGGUCAUGCCAUCGACUUGAGAAAAGAAAGCAAAGCAUACUAAAGCAAAGGCAUUUUAAAAGAAAUGGUGGAUUAUUACUAAAACAAAAAAUCUC